AUGUUGAGUCGUCUCUCGGCCGUGGUGGCCUUCAUUUUGGUUCACCAGAUAUAUUUUCUAUGCACUGCCAGUACGUUGUUAGGUGCGAAGCAAUUCCCAGGUUUUGAAAACUUGCCACGUUCAUUUUGGCACGAACUUAGUUCACCUUUUACAGAGGUUUACGAGGUGGAGAGUUUCGUGACUGAAACAGGUGGUACUCCUGAACCAAGGCCAUUUUUCGAGGAUCCAGAAAGCAACAUUACCGUACAACUCGGUGCUCAAGUCUACAUGCACUGCAGAGUACAAAAUCUACAAAAUACUCUUAAGGUGUCUUGGGUACGUAGACGAGGAGAGGAGCUUCAUUUACUCACCAUUGGCCUCGAUACGUACGCGAGUGACUCCAGAUUCUCUCUGGCCUUUGAGAAACCCAAUGACUGGCGAUUGCUUCUACGCUCCGCUACGGAACGCGAUGCCGGCCUUUACGAGUGUCAAGUCAGCGCCCACCCACCAUUAAUCAGAACUGUCCAUCUAGCGGUGUCAGUGCCGAAGGUGGAAAUUGUGGAUGAGCAUGGCGCUACGGCUGGUGACAAGUUCUACAAAGCAGGUAGUACAAUAGAGCUGAAGUGUGUAGUCAGCAAUAUACCGCAACCCACUGGCUAUGUCACGUGGCGACACGAAUCUCGUACGUUAAAUUACGACACGACUCGUGGUGGCAUCAGCGUCAAGACGGACAUGGGUGCAGCUGGUGCGGUGUCUAGGCUCUACAUUGCAAAUGCGAAUAGAAAGGACAGCGGGAACUAUAGCUGCGCCCUGGCGAACGUAGCAGCAGCCACUAUAGUGUCCGUCCACGUGCUAAACGGAGAGAAUCCGGCUGCCAUGCAACACGGCGGUACCACAGCCCCGAGGGCGACCUUUAUCUUUACCGUUGUGAUAUCACUAUCAUCGCUCUUAAGGUGACCGUGAUGAC